UAUCGUCGAUCUGUUGAUUAUUUUUCUAUUCUUGACUCUUAUCAUUCUUUUUUGACGAGUUACGAUAGAACCGGUAGAGUCUUCACCAUGCCUAUCUCCAACGGUGACUCUCUUGGCCGCGCCAUGCAGGCUGAGAUCCAGGACCACACCAAGGCCCUGGAGGUCCUGAAGACCUACACUACUCAGGAUGGUCUGGACGUUGACACUCUGCUUGACUCGGACAAGCACGGAGCGUUGACCUACAACGACUUCCUGAUCUUGCCCGGAUACAUCGGUAAGACGAACACCUUGAGUUUCUGGUGAUUCUUGUUCGUGCUCGGUUGCUUAUACGCCCCAUCACAGGCUUCCCUGCCUCCGAUGUCACUCUGGACACUCCCGUCACCAAGCGUGUCUCUCUGAAGGUUCCCCUUCUGUCCUCUCCCAUGGAUACCGUUACCGAGCACAACAUGGCCAUCCACAUGGCUCUGCUGGGUGGUCUGGGUGUUAUCCACCACAACUGCGCUCCUGAGGAUCAGGCCGAGAUGGUCCGCAAGGUCAAGAGAUACGAGAACGGUUUCAUCUCCGACCCCGUCGUCCUUUCUCCCAAGGCCUCUGUCCGCGAGGCCAAGGAGCUGAAGGCCAAGUGGGGCUUCGGUGGUUUCCCUGUUACUGAGAACGGAACCCUCCGCUCCAAGCUUGUUGGUAUUGUCACUUCCCGUGACAUCCAGUUCCACGGCGACCUUGAUGACUCCGUCACCGCCAUCAUGUCCACUGACCUCAUCACUGCCCCCGCUGGCACCACCCUGGCCGAGGCUAACGAGGUCCUCCGUUCCUCCAAGAAGGGCAAGCUCCCCAUUGUUGAUGAGAACGGCAACCUCGUCUCCCUGCUGUCCCGCAGCGAUUUGAUGAAGAACCUCCACUACCCCCUCGCCUCCAAGCUCCCCCAGUCCAAGCAGCUCAUCGCCGCUGCUGCCAUUGGUACCCGUGAGCAGGACAAGACCAGACUCAAGCUCCUUGUUGAUGCUGGUCUCGACAUUGUUAUCCUGGACAGCAGCCAGGGUAACAGCAUGUACCAGAUUGAGAUGAUCAAGUGGAUCAAGCAGAACUUCCCCGAGAUCGACGUUAUCGGUGGUAACGUUGUCACUCGUGAGCAAGCCGCAGCCCUGAUUGCUGCUGGUGUCGAUGGCCUGAGAAUUGGCAUGGGCAGCGGUAGUGCUUGCAUCACCCAGGAGGUCAUGGCUGUUGGCCGUCCCCAGGCCAUUGCUGUCCGCAGCGUCACCGCUUUCGCCGCUCGCUUCGGUGUUCCUUGCAUUGCUGACGGUGGUGUCCAGAACGUUGGUCACAUCGUCAAGGGUCUGGCUAUGGGUGCCUCCACUGUCAUGAUGGGAGGUCUCCUUGCCGGUACCACCGAGUCUCCUGGCGAGUACUUCAUGAGCAAGGAGGGUCAGCUCGUCAAGUCCUACCGUGGUAUGGGCAGUAUCGCCGCCAUGGAGGACAAGAAGGCCGGCGCUGGCUCCAAGGACAGCAAGGCCAGCAACGCUGGUACUGCCCGUUACUUCUCUGAGAAGGACGGUGUCCUGGUUGCUCAGGGUGUCGCUGGUUCCGUUCUCGACCGUGGCUCCGUCACCAAGUUCGUUCCCUACCUCGUUGCGGGUGUCCAGCACUCCCUGCAGGAUAUCGGUGUUCCCAGCCUUAAGGCUCUCCACGAGGGUGUGAACAACGGAACUGUCCGCUUCGAGAUGAGAAGUGCCAGCGCCAUGGCCGAGGGUAACGUCCACGGUCUCCACAGCUACGACAAGAAGCUCUACUCUUAAGCGGUAACAGCUUGAGUGCCAAAGUUUCUUUGCUUAUUUCCUUUUCGUUUAAUUGAUAUCAAGAGCCUUUCUGUUGAUACGUUUUGUUACAUGAUGAUAUGUGGCUGUUACGAAAACAAAAGCUCGGGCAUGGGG